AUGAUUUUGUCUGUUCCUUUCCUAUUUAUUGCCUCUUGUAGUUCCUACCUGCAAGUUCUUGAGUUCCAACCAAGAAGAGGAGCAGGAAAGAUGUAUGCAGAGACCGGGCUGCUGUUGCCCUGCAUGCAGGGCUUUCCACAAGUAGUAUCAGGAGCUGAUCAACAUCUUCUUCCGUUUACAUUUCAUGAAGACUUGGUCUCCACGGUCUUUCCUGGUGCUGCUCCCACCUUGGGUAACCUGGUUCAGAUUUCCUUUACUGAUUAUGACCUGGGAGGAGACGGGGAUCUGUUUGAAGCUCCAAAGCCCAUAUUAGAAGAAUCAUUAGAUCCCAUAACCGCUACCAUGUCAGUGAUGCCUGGUUAUGGAAGUACUAUAACAGAAGAAACAAUGAAAACCACAGAUGCAGAGUUGAUCCAAGAUGAAGAUCUAUCGUGUGAGGUCUUCUUUGACUGCAAAAGAGAUAUUCUUACAAAGUCAACUACAAUUGUACCUUCUCCUGGCACAGUUGCUGCAGUGCAGACUGAAGAAGAUACGGCUGGAGCAAAAGAUAAUUCCUUUGCAGAGGGAUCAUUACAGAAGAGUGGCAGUUUUGGAUGUCUAGGCUCAGUGGACUACUCUAAGGUUCUCAGUGUCGAGCCAUGUUUUCUUGGUGUUUCUGAUAUGAAUCUUGAGGUUGCAUUUCAGAUGAGGAGGGCAUACAGCGAAGGAGAUAUCCAGAUUCUUGGAAACAAUAACUCAGUUCAUGGUAACAUGAACAUAAUUCCUGCUUUUAAGGUUUUAGCAAGCUUUGAGGAUAUCAAGAUUGAGGACAAGAUCAAAGAAAGAAGGAUAAAGCUUUCCAGGUACAGGAAGAAGAGGACAAAAAGAAACUAUGGAAGAAAGAUCAAGUAUGCUUGCAGAAAGGCUUUAGCAGAGAGUCAGCCUCGUAUACAUGGAAGGUUUGCAAAGAUGGAGGACACGUAUGGAUGCAAUGAUCGAGCAAUAGGAGGUCGCAAACUGCAGCAAUGAAGUAUAGAUAAAUGCACAAGUAGCUUGCAGCUAGUACUGCUUUCUAAACACCCCUAUGGGUAAUGUGGCGCUUCCAAUAUUAUGUUAUAAAGCUUGUUCAGAACUUUGAAUUAUAUUUGUUAGAAAUAAGCCUAUGGUUAUGGGCAUCUCUUGCUAUACCGUCGGUCUGUA